GUGUGGGCGGAGUCGCUAAUGCCUGAGCGCUCGAGCUGGAAUAAAACGGACGUUCACGCGCCAGACCGACAGUACAUUAAAUAUUAAGCUCGGGAGUUACACGGAUAACGGCUGUGUUGAACUGAAGUACCAGUUUGCGUAAACCGACACGACGGACCGCUUCAGGACGAAUUUUGCCCGUUUCUUUCUUUUUUUUUCUCCUCCGUGUUUAUUUGUUUCCCCUUUAUUCUGUUUCUCAUGCUGACAGUUGUGCGCCGCCUUGUUGUCUGAGCUAGCUAAGCCUAAAGAGAACUAACCGGCUCACUGCUGUCUCGGUUACCAUAUCAAGACAAAAACAAAACAAAAACACACAGAUAUGUCUGUGAGGCUUUGUCGUCGUUUUGUUUUUACAGCUUGUUGCUGAUAUGUGAGUUUUACUGAAGAAACAGUCGAGCGAAUGAUAUUUUUGUUGCCCUACAGUACUGUAUGUGACCAGUGUUUAUGAAGUCGUCCUGGAUAAUUCACCUGAGAUCCAGCAGCAGCGACAGCAUGGAAAACGUUUUCCUCGAGCAAGGUUAAAUUCACAGCGAGCUCGGGAAGUCUGGUGUACUCCUGUCUGCUGCCAGAUUCUCAACACAGCGUGGUCGUGACCUGUGCAGUAGUAGACUUGUCCAACUUCUUCGAAGUCCCUGUAUUCUAGGAAUCCUGUCUGAAGGACGGGAAGAGUGGAGUAAUGGUGGUUAACGCGGUGCACUGGUUCAGGAAGGGCUUGAGGCUGCAUGAUAACCCCUCACUCCGGGACUGUGUACGAGGGGCGGACACUUUACGCUGUAUUUACAUUCUUGAUCCCUGGUUUGCAGGUUCAUCCAACGUGGGGAUCAAUAGAUGGAGGUUUUUAUUGCAGUGUCUGGAAGACCUGGAUGCCAGCCUUCGCAAACUCAACUCUCGCCUGUAUGUUAUCAGAGGCCAGCCCACUGAUGUUUUCCCCAGGCUUUUCAAGGAGUGGAAGAUCACGCAUCUGUCAUAUGAGUAUGACUCCGAACCAUUUGGGAAGGAGCGGGAUGCAGCCAUCAAGAAGCUGGCCAACGAGGCAGGGGUGGAGGUCACCGUUAGAAUCUCCCACACACUCUAUGAUCCAGAGAAGAUCAUUGAGCUGAAUGGUGGGCAGGCACCUCUCACCUAUAAGCGCUUUCAGACGAUGAUCAGUAGAAUGGAUGCUGUAGAAAUACCAGCAGAGACCAUUACUUCUGAGAUACUAAACAAGUGUAUCAUGCCUAUUGGUGAUGACCAUGACGAGAGGUUUGGUGUGCCCUCACUGGAGGAGCUGGGCUUUGAGACAGAGGGUCUUCAAUCUGCUGUGUGGCCAGGAGGAGAGUCCGAGGCUCUGACUCGUCUGGAGAGACACUUAGAGAGAAAGGCAUGGGUGGCUAACUUUGAGCGUCCCAGGAUGAAUGCAAAUUCAUUACUGGCCAGCCCUACAGGUCUGAGCCCCUAUCUUCGCUUCGGCUGCCUCUCGUGUAGACUCUUCUACUUUAAACUCACAGACUUGUACAGAAAGGUAAAGAAAAAUAGUGUCCCUCCACUGUCUCUCUACGGCCAGCUACUAUGGAGAGAGUUCUUCUACACGGCCGCCACAAACAGCCCGCGCUUUGACAAGAUGGAGGGCAACCCAAUCUGUGUGCAGAUCCCAUGGGACCGUAACCCAGAGGCAUUAGCAAAGUGGGCAGAGGGCAGGACAGGUUUUCCAUGGAUUGAUGCUAUUAUGACUCAGCUGAGGCAGGAGGGCUGGAUCCAUCACCUGGCACGGCAUGCAGUUGCGUGCUUCCUCACCAGAGGAGACCUGUGGAUCAGCUGGGAGGAAGGCGUCAAGGUGUUUGAAGAGUUGUUGCUGGAUGCAGAUUGGAGUGUUAAUGCAGGCAGCUGGAUGUGGCUCUCCUGCAGCUCAUUUUUUCAGCAGUUCUUCCACUGCUACUGCCCAGUGGGUUUUGGUCGCCGCACCGAUCCCAAUGGAGACUAUAUACGUCGGUAUUUGCCUAUAUUGAGGGGUUUUCCUGCCAAAUAUAUCUACGACCCUUGGAAUGCACCAGAAAGUGUACAGAAGCUUGCUAAGUGUAUCAUUGGGACGCACUACCCCAAGCCCAUGGUCAACCAUGCUGAGGCCAGCAGAAUAAACAUUGAGCGCAUGAAACAGAUCUACCAGCAACUGUCAUGCUACAGAGGCCUUGGGCUUCUGGCCUCUGUGCCAUCCAAUGCCAGUGGUAACGGCGAAGGUGCAGGAGCAAGUCUGAACUCUGCAGACAGCACACAGGAGAGCAGUGCUGCAGUGCAAGUAACCCCAGCCAACAUUCAAGAAGAUUUUUCAGCAGGCCCAUUGUCCUAUACUGACCAACUGACUGGCACUAGUUCCCAGCCACUGGCAGGUGCUUCAGGAACUGGUGGGGUAAAAUCUUGGAGAAAAGAAACAAAGCAAGCACAGAGAGGCAGAGGAAUAGCUACGCUAAAGCGACAUACUGAAGAGCCAGGAUCAAGCAGUGGAUGCAAGAUUCAGAAACAGAACAGUGACGAGCCACACUUACAGUGGCAGAAGCACACAUCUCUCCUCAGGCUGCCAGCAGGAUGUAGUCCAAAUGGUAGUAGUUUUUAGAUAUUGCUUAUCUGCUCGUAUCACUUUACUAUAAUAUGUGCCCUGUAUGUUAGGCUGUAGUGCUUACUUAAAGUAAAGCUUAAGUGAGCAUAUGUGAGAGAUGUGACUGUAAAUCCAGUUCAUAAGCUGUACAUAUUCAUUUUAUAUUAUAUGCAUUUAAAGCACUAUAUGUACAAUGUUUUAGUGUUUGUACAAAUGGUUUUGAAAAAUGUUUAUGUUCACUGAUUUUGUGUAUAGUCAACUGUGUCUCCAUGCACUAAAUUUCCAUGCAUAAGACUCCAUUUCGGUAUGCCAGAGCACUGUGGAAAUAUUUGCAUGCAUUGUUUUCUUUCAUAUUGGUGUAUCUGUGCCAUAAGGAUGUGCAGUGCAGUCACUUUAUUAUUAUUAUUAUUAUUAUUAUUAUGUCAAUCAAAAAAGGGUCUCAUGUGACAAAGUGGCUAAAAUGACCCCACUGCUUAUUUUUGUGUAAAGAGUUAUUGAAGUUUAUCUUUGAAGUGUGUGGCUUGAGCCAGUUCUAGUCUGUUUUUGUACCAUUACAGGGACAGUACAGCCUGCUAUGUAAAUAUGCAUAUACUAUUUUGGCUUAUUGGCAGACCUCUGAUAUAUUUUUAUAUGGAAAACAAUACCAGUUUUUGUCUGUU